CUGAUCACUUUCCUCGCCGCCGGAUUAGGGCCGUGUGCAAAAAUAUUGGGCGGUGUACUAACAAAUAGACGAAUGAUUCAUUCGUAACAUAACCUUGUAAAGCUGCAAGAAACAUUUAUUCGGUUAAACGGUAAAGGAAAUACUAUAAAACCAGUCAAAAUGCCUAUGAAAUUUGGAGGUGGUGAUAAAUGUGCUGUAUGUGAGAAAACCUGCUACCCACAGGAAAAACAAGAAGCUGGUGGGAAAAUAUUUCACAAAAACUGCUUUAAAUGUACCGAUUGUAAAAUGGCCUUGAAAUUAAACAACUAUGCCCAAGCUGAUGGUAUCCUUUACUGCAAAAAACAUUUUCAAGAAAAAGUUACAGCCAAGAACACUCAGUGCACUAAUGUCAUGUAAAUAGUUACAUUGCAGCGAUUGACCAGUUGAUUGAGUCUACAACACUGGCGAAAAUCACACAAACAAUUAGAACUUGAAACGAAAAAUCGUUUCUAAGUAAAUUUCGAAUAUUUGUAUUUAAGAAUUUUCUUAAUACUAGUGCGAUGGUCCAGAUUAAAAAGUGUGAAUAUUGGUGAAUUGUCUGUGAAUGUUGUAAUAGUCUACAAUUGAAGCCUGAAUCUAUAAUCAGUUUCUCCGAUGCCACUGCAGAAAGAGGCGAGAUUUAGGGUUCUAGGUAUAGAUGCGAAAACGCGGAAAACAAUAUAGUAUACAAUCUUUUUUAUUGGUGUCGGUCUCAUCUGGGUUUCUGGACCAUCGGAAAUGACUAGUAAUUGUUAAUGUUAUAGAUGUAGAUAUCUGCAUGUUUAGUGCCCUUGUUCAUCACAUUAUCUUCAGUUAAUCACUACCUUCACUCUUCUUGACCUAACGGCUUCAACAGCAGCAUUUUCCAUUGUUGGUCGUGGAUUGCCACAAGAUCGGUUUACUAAAAGGACAAAACAGCUUAUACAAAACAUAAAUAAAUACAAAGGGAGUGUGUGCAUUUUUUUGUAGAUAACGAUAAAUAUUAUAUUUUGGCUACGGUUUUAUCCCCAAAAAUUAUCUGUUUGCAUUACUAUAUAACCUAUUAUUUAAAGGGGCCAUAUACCAGCCAAAAUAUAUAAUAUUUAUAUUGUUGAUGCCAAAUGCAAUACCCUAGCUCGAAAGGUUGAUCACUCUCGCGUAACAUGUAAUAAUGCUGAUUCAGCAUACUGUUUUAUAUGUAAGUGUAAUAUGUAAUAAUGUUGAUUCAGCCUAAUCAUACCGCUUUUAUAAAGAUUAAGGAUAAAAGUUGGAUACAUAUAAAAUGUACUUUCUAUCAACAUAUAUACAUUAUGAAAACAUUAAUCUGUGCCAUUUCAUCUUUCCUUUGUAUAUCUAUAGUUGUUUUUUGAUAAAUUAUUCAUUAGUUUGAACACUGACAAGUUUGUAAAUUAUUUUAUAAUAAAAUACUUGUAUUAUUUUA